AUGUCUAAUCAAGCCCAACCUCACAAGUCUCACAAGAAGCCCAGGAUCGACAAAGAGAAUUUACCAGCUCCUCAUCGCACAGAGCGUGUCAGUCAACACCCUAGGCGUCCUGACAAGCCCAUCUCUUUCACUCCUGCAGUUGGCACCACUUCCCUGCCAUCUGAUACAGAUGUUGAGACAUCUGCAAUGGGCCUUCCUAGUGCAUCAGAGUCUGAAUUUGUGGCGCAGCCACCCUUCUCUGAGAUUGACCAGGAGGUGCCACUCAAGGUCUCGGAAGGUGGAUUGUGCCCCCUGCCCGAGAUCCGCCAAGAUGCACCCCUCAAUGUCACUCAAGGCGCCUCAAACCCGAUGCCAGACCCGGACUCUGUAGCGGACCUCUGUGCUCUUCCUGGACCUGGACCAACCAUCGCCGCCGCCGUCCAACAUUUGGACCCUGCAGCCUCCAUCCUGCGCCGUCUUUAA